GCUUCUCGCUCCCCCCGCGGCCGGCCUUACUCCGCUUCGUCCGCCAAAGGCAUGCCGCUCAUGGAGUACGUCGGCGAGGGCUCGCCGUACCACGAGGCCUUCCGGCAGCGCAUCCCGGUGUCGGAGCUCUGGUGGCGGCUGCUCGAGCCGUAUGAGUACAAGGAGUGCCCCGACCAUGUCAAGCUCAACGGCGACAAGUCCAAGGCCGGCGAGGGGGAGUCCGACCAGUUCUUCGGCCACUACACGAUGACGCAGUACUACCACGACCACCGGCCGGUGUACAAGAACGAGGACCUCGCGCACCCCCAUGCAGCCUGCUCCUCUCCAAGGGGGGGAGAGCCGCUGUUACUUAUGGGGCUGCAUGCGCGUGGCUCUAGGACUCGCCGAUGUACCUCUUCCUGUCCAAGGCGGACAACAACAACUGGCUCGUCGGGCCCGACUUUCGCGGGAAGGCGCGCGGGGUCCAGUCCAGCUCCGCAGGCGCGGCUUCGUGUCCAGAAGAGGCGAAGGGGUGGACGCAGCUCCUGCAAAGCGGGUGGAGCGACCCGAACGAGCCCGCAGACAGCAACGCGAGCCACCCGAUCAACGCCACCGCUGAGUACUGCGGCAGGGAGGGGCCGCAGCUGCUCUGGCGGCCGAUCGCUCGCGAGUGUGGCGACUCGCACCACGAGGAGUGGGUCACCUCCACACUCUCCGAGUGCGCGAUCCACGACGACCGUCGCAAGAACCCGGAGAGCGGCAUGGCCGACCAGUACGGCUCCUUCUGGGAGGACGGCGCCGUGCGCGCCAAGACGGACUUCAAGUGGUCGGUGCAGG